AUGGUAUCAAAUGAAGGCCGUCUGAGCUCAUCCAUUAUCUCGCAAAGAAUCCAAUCCAAGGCCUUAUCCGUGAGUUCCCCUUUUCUCUCAUUGUUUGUGGAAACUGGAUUCACGGCUCUGUUGUUUAUAGGGCAGGCGGGCCUCGUUAUAGGCGCGCCUCUUCCCUUUUGUAUCCGAACUCACUGUACUUUUUUGUUUUGGGAUCUCUUCCCAGAAUCUCUGACAUCUGUUUCUGUUCCGACAUCCCGGGGUCUGAAUUUGCGGUCCGAUCUUCAGAGGAAUGGCAAAGUGCGUUUACUGAGUUUAGUCAUUCAUCUGUAAGUUUCAGAAGCUUAUUUGAGCCUGACAGUAUUUUUUAAAUCAAUAUCAUGAUGUUCCAUUUUUUUAAUCUUAAGAUUUGUCUCACAGAUUUUAAUACUAUCCUGAAGAUUCUAUGGUGACAGUUGGCACUAAGUGCUUUAAUGCUUAACCAAAUACUUUUGUCGAAUUCAUGAGCACAAUCAAUACCGACCAAUCCAAUUUUUUCAUCGAACAUUUUGUUUGUACUAAAAACGGAUCUGGGCUUGACGUCAAUCGACGUUGUAAUGCCUUAGGGUUGAAACUUUAAAGGUAAUUGAUAAUUAAUUAGUCAAGUCAAAUUACUGUUCCACCCGAAGAACCCUUAAGACGGUGUAAGCGAGUCUGAUGGGGGUAACGUCGCGCUCCUCUCGUCGUCUUUCUUGCUGACUUCAUCGUCGAGCGGUGGGUCCAUCGACUCGAGGCCAUCGGCCCGACGUGAUUCCGUUCCCCUCGCCGCUCUACUUUCCCAUCUUUUAUUUAUUCCAACACUCCCCCUCCACCCCUCUAAAGACUCUGUUAUUGUUUGGUUCUUGUAUUAUUUGCAGGUCGCGUGGUUGGUUCGUCUUCAGAUGGGAUCUGUCCAGAGUCAGCCCACAGCUCCAACCGGCCCCACCCAGACACCCAAGUUGGGUGGGUUGUGCCCUCAGGGCACGGCCAACAUUUGUUGUAUGAGCAAAUCCAAGAGGUUCAAGUCGAGGUAAAGUCAUCGUCCCUUUUCCCUCUUCCUAAUUCAAUAUUCAAUAAGCCGGAUCUUUUGGUUAAUGGUUUUGAAGUGGCGUUUUGUCACGGGAGCGGAAACGGAUCUCUUUCCUUGCAGAUCUUCUUCACAUUACUUUAAUUGGCUCCUGUUUGUGUUUGAUCUCAAAGUUCGGGAAGAUGGAGGCCUGGGCUUCUUCUUCUCGAAUUUAGUGCAUGAUGAAUGUAGUUUAAAUCAAAUCCUUCGUGCUUAAAUUGCUUUAAUUUAUUCUUUUUAAACCAUUUGCUGAGCUCCAAAAUAGGAAACGGAACUUCCGUUUGAUUGCAUUAUAUUAUUGCCUUGCAUAACAUUCUCACCACCUUUCAGGAAACAAGAAAGCACUGAGAUCUACGAACCCACGGGAGGUGAGAGUAGACUUGAUCAUUUCACUGAGAAAGCGACCGACCCUCGCCCUUCUAUGGUUGCGGCUACAGUGGCUACACAAUGGAAACAUGGCUCCGUUAAGAAGCAGCCUUUAUGUGAGAAACCUUCGAUUGUAUCGUUCUCGGACGACUCCUUACUCAACGAGGAUGUGAAUUACAAUCUGAGCGAGCAAUCUCACGAAGUAUUGGAGCAGGUCUGUGAGCGUGUGUCUUGUGAAGAAUGAUUUAAGAUAAUCCGAUGCUUCCCGUUUCCUGUUUCUCCUCCCGAUCAACCCAAGUUACAAGCUCGACAGAAGCUGUCGAUCGGGAGAACGGUGUCCAACGACCCCACCGUCUUGUUGAGUGAUCAUCCGAGUGCCAAGGAGAUCCAUUCGGAUGGGAUCAAGUCGCUGGAGGCUCCUCCAACUGCUCAGGCGAGGGGUUGGGGCGUCCGAAAACGUCAGCUGGGCGCUUUUCUUAGUCGACGCCUCAAUUCCGACGACUCCACGCAAGUUGUGGCGCGGAAAUCCGACAACAACAACAUGAACACGUUGUGCGACAAGGACGAGAAAAGAGGCGCUUUGGGUCGCCUGUGUCAGGUGGGUCACAUUAAUUGUCUUUUAUGGCCUUUCUGGUCUCUUUUAUUCAAAUCAAUCGGAAUCUUUGAAGAGGUCAUGCCUUUUUGCGUCUUUUUUAUGUUUCUCCUGAUCGCGGAAACCCGCCAUUUUUAAUUAAACUCAAAAACUUGCCCAAAUCCGGUACAAAGCAAUGAAAUUAGUACUUGUAAGCGUCUGUCGGUUUCAUAUCUUAAUCCUCCGGCUCUCCCAGGUCAAUUCGUCAUCUUAUUCUGUUGUCUGAAAAGUCUCAGCAACCAAGCUCAGAGCGCACUUGAAUAGACACUGAGCCAUAAUAUUCGAUAGGAUUGUUUUGGUCCGAAUAGUUUAAUGACUUGGAUCUAAAUGCAGCACUGCAGAGCAUUAGGGAGAUUCACUUCUCUCUAGUCUCUGAUGCACUUAAUGGAUCGCGUAUCCAAUGCAUCGGAGCUUUGUCAGGAUCUGGGUAUACGAGGGGUCCCGUGUCCAUGUUUUGUCAGUUGAUGGAAAGAAAGGCUUUCUUCCCAUUCUUCGCACAAUUUAACGGCUUUUAUUGUGCUCGAUUGGUUUGAGCGUGAUAAGAGCCUCAAGCAGACCGGGCCUACGGGUUCAUAACUUGCAAGAAAAGUCACGAUCAGGGUGUCGUCCUUCCGAUUCGGGUCAGUUUUCGUCAAAGUCGGGUUGUUUUUUGUAUUCGGCCAUCGAUUUUAAGAGCAAAUCCGUCGACGGUAUUCGGUGAUUGGCGGCACUUAUCAGUGUUUUGUUUGACGAACGCAAUUUAGGGAGUGUUUCAGAUCUUGCGUUCUUCGAAACGCAUUUUAAACUUUUUCCGCGUUUAUAACAUCGUUUCCAUUACUAUUUUUUAAAGCAUUCCCGGUUACAGCGCGCUUCCUUUUAUCACCCGCGUUAUCAUCAGGUUCAGGCAACGAGAAAAACAACUUCACAAAGACGUCGUUAAACGUGAAAUCGUACAAGUCGAAAGGCUGGUAGAGUGGUUUGCUUCGUAUGUUGAUUACUAUCCCCAUAGUCAAGGUGUUGGCUUCGUUGCUGGCCAAGAAGAAGCGGCCGGAGUCGAAGGUGAAUGGCUCCUCGUCGGCUUCUCUACUUUGUUCUUGUGUUCGCCGAAGAAGUUCGGUGGUUUCUGAAGUCGCCGACGACUCAGUGAACGAGUAUCACGAUCAUCCAUCGGUUUCUAGAGCAGUUCAUAAUUCCGUCCAUGAGAUGCUUCAGAUUCAUGUAGAUGAUCAUCAAGUCAUGCCAUCUUGUAGUGCUCCCAUGGAGUUCCGACACUUGUUAAAGGCAUCGUUGCUACAGGUAAUGGGUCUGGAAUCGGGGUUUGUGUCAGGAACGUCUAAUUACGUCUUUUAUAAACCCAUCCACAUGAGUUUUCCUCAAAAAUCACGAGGCUCCCAUUUCUCACCACCCCAGGGCGUUUCGUUUCAGGUCCUCGCCUUAUCUUCACACAAUACAAAUUUAUACGUAGGUGCAAACAUAACAGUCUUGAUGCGGUUUGGUUCGACGAUAUUUGUUCGGUCUCUCAUCGCUAUACUAUUCCUCCCUUUCCCAGUUCUCUUCAAUAGACAUUAUAUUAGAGAUGGUGUUCCAGGUAUCAGUAGAUACUAUGGCCAUAACUGCAUUGCCAUUGGAUUGUUGGCUGAAGGAAAGACUAAAGAAUUGGGUCCAGCUUUCUGGCCAUGAAGGAACCAUUGUCCCAGCUACUAACCACACACUCUGGAAAAAACAACCACCGGGAAAUAACAUCGAGGCCGAAGCUUAUCAGAAGAUCAUGGCUGACCCUUCACUUAAAGGUCUCACACCCAAAUUCUUUAAAGAAAUGGUCCACAAUAAUGAAUGUAAGGUGGUUUAUGAUAUCAGAGAUGCUACUCGUUUUUUUGGAUUACAUAAUAAUUUAUUUUUUAUUUCUAUCUUAUGUAUAACAGAAAAAGGAAAACUUGAAAAUUAAUUAUUAAAAAUAUUGCAGCUUUCAUCGAGAUGCAAGAUCUGCUGUCGCAGUUUCCCAAUACUCGAGAACGGGCAGUAAUGGAUAUCAAGGUUGGUUGUAGGACCUUUUUGGAAUCAGAAGUGGCCAACACGACCAAACGAAAAGAUCUCUACAAGAAGAUGGUGGACAUCGAUCCAAAUGAACCCACCGACGAGGAACGACAAGUAGAGGCUAUCACAAAACUCAGAUAUAUGCAGUUCCGAGAAAGGGAAUCAUCAACAUCAUCGCUUGGUUUCAGGAUUGAAGCCGCUCAGGUAAAUAAACGCAAUUUAAAAAAUUUGUUUUUCGUUGACACAAAUUUUAUCUUUCCAGUCACACUUCGUAGUAUAAACAGGAUCUCCCAUAAAAUGAAGGUUUUUUUAUUGUAAAGAGUAAACGUAUGAUAUAGAAAAUAUCAGAACCGGAAAAGGCCUGAGAUGUAUAGCCGGUCAUGCCUCGCUUGAGUUAUUUAUAGUAUUGAUAAAACAUACUUUUAAAAGCGUAGAGAGAACACUUCCGACAGAUCCAAAUAUACUCUAGAUUACAAAUUAAUCACUAACUACUUCCGUUCAAUUCAUCUUUUUCAGCUUCCUGGCGGGAAAUUGGAGAAAUCGUUUAAAAAAGUGAGGACCAAGGCCCAAGUCUUGGAUACCUUUAAUCACUUUUUUGGGAAACGUCGAGAAGAAAUCAAGGCUCAAUUAGCCGCGAGAUUAAAGGAAAUGAGAAAUGGAAUCGAGAGGUCGGACUUCUUUAGAAAACACGAAGUGGUCGGAUCUUCCAUCUUAAUAAUCUUUGACGAUGUGAGAACAGGUGCCUGGAUCAUCGACUUCGCCAAAUCUAUUCCGGUGCCAGAAGAUUUGUCGUUGGAUCAUCGAACAGGAUGGAAGCUGGGGAACCAUGAAGAUGGGUAUUUGCUCGGACUCGAUAAUUUAAUACAGGUAAGUCAAUUAUGAUAAGAUAACAAGAACAAUCAUAACUCCCAGAAAACAUGAUGUUUUUCAAUAAAAGGAAGUGAAACACAAUAUUCAAAGGCGGCGUUCUUAUCGUUCCGUUCGUUGAUUUCUCAUUUUCAGAUUUUGGAAUGGGAAUGGAAUUGA